AUGAAGAGGAAGCUGGCACUCUCCGAGAUGCAGUUGGUUCUUCUCGUUUUAUUGGUGUGGCUACCAACAAGAUCAGUGCUGGCUGACUCCCUGGAAGACGAAGCUAAGAAUAACAUCACCAUCUUUACAAGAAUUCUAGACAGACUUCUGGAUGGUUAUGAUAAUCGUCUCAGACCUGGAUUAGGAGAUAGUAUUACUGAAGUCUUCACUAACAUCUAUGUGACCAGUUUUGGACCUGUUUCAGACACUGAUAUGGAAUACACAAUAGAUGUUUUCUUCCGUCAGAGGUGGAAGGAUGAGAGAUUAAAGUUUAAAGGCCCAAUGAACAUUCUUCGAUUGAACAACUUAAUGGCCAGCAAAAUCUGGACCCCAGAUACAUUUUUUCAUAAUGGGAAAAAGUCAGUGGCUCAUAACAUGACAAUGCCAAAUAAGCUUCUACGAAUCCAAGAUGAUGGGACUCUCUUGUACACCAUGAGGCUUACAGUCCAGGCUGAAUGUCCAAUGCACUUGGAGGAUUUCCCUAUGGAUGCACACUCAUGCCCGCUGAAAUUUGGCAGCUAUGCAUACACAACUUCAGAAGUGACAUACAUUUGGACUUAUAAUGCUUCUGACUCAGUGCAGGUGGCUCCAGAUGGCUCAAGAUUGAAUCAGUAUGAUCUUUUAGGCCAAACGAUUGGAAAAGAGACAGUUAAAUCAAGUACAGGUGAAUAUACAGUAAUGACGGCUCAUUUUCACUUGAAGAGAAAAAUUGGUUAUUUUGUCAUUCAGACUUACCUCCCCUGUAUCAUGACUGUCAUUCUCUCUCAAGUAUCAUUCUGGCUGAACAGAGAAUCUGUACCUGCCAGGACAGUCUUUGGAGUAACAACUGUGUUGACAAUGACAACACUAAGCAUCAGUGCUCGAAAUUCACUCCCCAAAGUAGCAUAUGCAACAGCUAUGGAUUGGUUUAUUGCUGUUUGUUAUGCGUUUGUAUUCUCUGCAUUAAUUGAAUUUGCAACUGUAAAUUAUUUCACAAAACGUGGAUGGGCCUGGGAUGGAAAAAGUGUAGUGAAUGAUAAGAAAAAAGAAAAAGCAUCUGUCAUUAAGAAAAACAAUGCCUAUGCAGUGGCUGUUGCCAACUAUGCUCCAAAUAUUACCAAGGACUCAGUGCUACCAACCAUCUCCAAGAGUGCUACAACUGCAGAACCUAACAAGGCAAAACCAGAAGCGAAGCCACAGGAAGCAAAGAAGACAUUCAAUAGUGUUAGCAAAAUUGACAGAAUGUCUAGAAUAGUGUUUCCAGUCUUAUUUGGUACUUUUAAUUUAGUGUAUUGGGCUACAUAUUUAAACAGGGAGCCUGUCUUACUUGGCUUUGCGCCAUCAACCUAA